AUGGCAGAAGAAGAAGUAAGCCCAUACAUGUCAGAUAGUCUCACCAUGCACGAGUUACAGACAGCCUUGAAGAAGCUGAAGAAGAAGAAAUCACCAGGCGCAGACGGCAUCACAAAUGAAAUGCUGACACAUCUAGGUCAUAAAGCAAAGACUACUCUUCUACACAUCUUCAACCUAAGCUUGCACUGUGGCAAAUUCCCAUUGAAAUGGAAAGAAGCUCACAUCAUUCCUAUUUUCAAAAAAGGUAAAGACAAAAGCAAACAAGAAAGAUACAGACCAAUCAGACUACUUAGCUGCACUGGCAAACUUCUGGAAAGAAUAAUAAACAAGCGGCUUGUCUGGCACCUAGAGUCAAACAAUUUACUUGUCCCAACACAGACUGGCUACCGACAACACCAUAGCACAGAAGACCAACUAGCCUACUUCACACAAGACAUUGAAGAUGCUUUUCAAGAUAAAAAGAAGGUGCUGGCUGUCUUCUUUGACCUCUCAAAAGCAUUUGACAAAGUCUGGAAGGAAGGUCUGCUUCUGAAACUCCUCCAAAAGGGAGUUGAGAACAAGGCACAAAACCCUGUCCAACUGAAAUUCUGUACUCAAGACAUGAUCAGCCAGCGCUACCCACCACAAUCAUGGAUCCAGGCCUAUGCUGACGGAUCAGCAGAAAAGGCAGUCAAGAACGCUGGAAGCGGGGUGUACAUAACAUACCCAACAGGACCCCCUUUUGCCUCAGCAAUCUCAGUAGGUGAACAAAGCUCCAACUACAGCGCUGAGGUCCAGGCUCUUCACUCAGCAGCACAUCAUCUGAUUGAGCAGGGUGUUCAAGAAAGAAACAUUGUCUUCCUCACAGACUCACUGUCAGCCCUACAGUCCCUCUCAGCAGGACCAUCAGAUGCCACAACAAGACAGCUGCUGGCACACUUAUGCCACCUGCCAGACCACAAUAAUGUUGUGCUACAGUUGAUACCUGCCCAUGUAGGCAUAGCCGGCAACGAAGCUGCAGACAAGCUUGCCAAGGAGAGAUCAAAGAAGGAGCAGCCCCAACCCCCAACAUCAUACCAUGAGGCAAAAACCUUACUCAAGAACAAAUUCACCACAAAAUGGAAUGACAAAAAUGAUGGAUACCAACCUCAGAAAGACAGCAUCGACAAACUCAACAGACACGGUCAAACCAUCAUCUUAAGACUCAGAACUGGACACUGUCGUCUUCAAAAGCACAUGAAUAGACUUGGACUUGCUGAAACAGCUUCAUGUCAGUGCGGAGCCGAAGAACAAACGCCCUUUCAUAUACUACAGAGCUGCCCCAACCUUGAAGAGGCCCGCCAAACAUAUUGGCCAACAGAAACAACCCUUCAAACCAAACUGUGGGGUAGUCCAGACAACCUACGACAAACAGUGCAGUUCAUCACUGCUUCACAACUGCAAGUAUAA